AUGGCCUAUCAACUUGAGCUUAUAAGGUUAACCAAUUUCGAUAUUACUCCUUGCUUUCCUGCAAGGUUGCGAAAUAGCGUUAGUACGGCGGAAUAUCUAAUCUCGGAGUCCGACAGAUUAUUGAAACCAAAACAAGUUGAAGCUGUUAAAGGAUUUAUUGAUCGUCACGGCAAAAGAUUAUGGAGAUUGCGUCUGACCGGAGCCGAAGUUCGUUUCAAAGUUGAAGACUCUACAUUAGGAACAAGUUAUCCUUUACGUGUCAUCAUUAAUAAUGUCUCCGGCUGGAUUCUUAAAUCAAUUGGUCGACCGCACUUGCAACCAACUCACGCAAAAGAAUGGCUUCAACCAAGGCGUUAUAAGACUUAUUUGAUGGGUACCACCUACGCUUACGAUUUUCCUGAAUUAUUUCGCCAAGCUAUUAGAAUACGAUGGAAUCGUGCAUCUUAUCAUAGUUCAAACCUUAAAUAUUCUAGUGAUGUUUUGGAAGCCAAAGAACUUGUGCUUGACGAGAAUAAUAAUUUACAAGAAGUGGAGAGAGCUUCGAAACGAAUUCAUUUGGUAUGGUUGCAAAUAUCUUUACUCUUUUUACCCCCGAAUAUCCCAAAGUCAUAUAAGCAAUUACAUCAAAAUGGAAGGAAGUCCGUUAUCGCGGAGAGGAAGGAGAAACACGACAUAAAAUCACCAAUAUUAUUGGAUCAAAAGAUGGGCUUGUUACUUGUCGUUCAGUUGGUAUUGGAGCUUACUAAGUAUGUAAGAUUGGGACAGCGUACUAUUCAAAAUGAGGAUACUUGGGACAGGGAUGUUAAUUAUAUGCCUCCCAAAGGGCCUUACGAUCCAAGAUAUCCAAGAUGGUGGUCAAAGGACAUGUUUCAAGAGAUUCUAAAAUAUGUAUCUUAUAUCGUGGAUGAACUUACCAACUACAAGCAGUAUGUAUUUGUUUAUAUUUCCAAUGGAGAACUUCGUGGUGGUGCAUGGGUUGUAAUAGAUCCUACCAUUAACGAUGAUAUGAUGGAAAUGUACGCCGAUGAAAAAUCAAGAGCUGGAGUACUUGAACCCGAAGGAAUUGUAGAAAUCAAAUUCAGAAAGCCACAAUUGCUCGCAACAAUAGAAAAUUUGGAUGCAAGGGAACAAGAAUUAUUACUGAUAUAUUCACGAAUGGCGAUUCAAUUUGCAGUUUUACAUGAUACACCAAGAAGAAUGAAAUCCAGAGAAACGAUAAUAAAUUCGUUAGAAUGGAAGGAAUCUAGAAGAUUCUUUUAUUGGCGUGUUUGA